AUGGAGAACACGGCCAGGAAAGUGCGAGAGAAAGCGUCCGAGUUUAUUUACGAGGGUUUCAAAGACGAGCUGCUCCACAAACUUAACGAGUUUAGAGAAACGAACAUUCUCUGUGAUACGACUAUUCGAGCUCAGGGACAGGACUUCCCUGCUCAUAAAUGUGUUUUAUCUGCUGCAAGUCCUUACUUCCGGGCUAAGUUUACCAGUCGAUUGCAAGAAAAUGAAAGCAAUCUCGUAGAGUUGCAGGAGGCAGAAUCGAAGACGAUUGCCGAUGUUCUUAACUUCAUUUACACUGGUGAAGCAAGCAUCCACUCUUCCAAUGCACAAGGUUUGUUGAUGAUCGCGGACUACUUGAUCAUACCAAGUUUGAAAUCGAAAGCGUCAAAUUUCCUGGAGAGUUCGCUGAAUGCUUCGAAUUGCUUGGCUUUAGAAUCACUUGCUUCUCAGUAUAACUGCGAGACACUGAAGCAAGCUGCAGUCGCUUUUCAAUUUGAAAAUUUUGUAGCCGUCGCAAAAUCCGAGGACUUUAAAACGCUUCAUGCAGAGAACGUCAAAGGACUGAUUUGCAAGGACGAGAUAAACGUGUCAGAUGAAGAGGAAGUAUACCAAGCAGUGAUAGCUUGGGUGAAGCAUGAACUGCCGUCAAGGGAAUGUUUACUUCCUGAACUAUUGAAAUGUAUGAGACUGUUUUCAAUGUCGAAGUACAGUCUACGAAAAAUUCUCGAUGAAGAGUUGGUCAGUAAAAACCUCACCUGUACAAGGAUUGUAAUCAAUGCACUAGACUUCUUUCUGUUCCCAGACCGUUUCCAAGACAUGUCACUUAAACCUCGUUUGUCUUUAGACAAAUACGAACAUGUGGUGGUGCUCACUGGUGGAAUUGGCGAAUCUGGUCUCAAGAAGAACACCCAGUGCUUUGUGCCCUCCACCCUAUCAUGGGUGUCCCUACCCAUGAUGCCAUACCCUCACAGUCAUCAUGGUGCUGCAGUGUGUGGUGGAGUACUGUAUAUAAUGGGAGGGGCCAACUCAACCCCAAUGUGUUGUUUCAACCCAAAACAAAACAAAUGGAGCUCCCGUGGCACAAUGUUAAAGCUAAAAGGCUGUUCAGUCACAUGCUUUCAUGAAGAGUUGUAUGUGAUUGGUGGAGAGGGUUCUUGGCAAGAUGUUCAAAUAUACAAUCCAAUUCAUGAUAAAUGGAGACCAAGAGCAUCAAUGGAAACCCGCCGUGCUGGUCAUAGUUCUGUUGUGCUGCAAGAGUGUAUCUAUGCAAUUGCUGGUCAUGAUGGCACUGUUUGUCAAAACAGCGUGGAGUGUUAUAAUCCAGUAAGUGACCAAUGGACAAAGAUUUCAAGUAUGUGUAAAGUCCGAAGGUUUGCUGCUGCUGCAACAGUGGGUGACAAAAUAGUCGUAGUUGGCGGAUUUGGUGACAUGACAGUUAAAACCAUAGAGCCUUCAUGUGAAAUGUUUGAACCAAGAACAAAUCAAUGGAGCCUGGUGUCUAGUCCACUUCGGCCUCGUGCUGCUCAUGGUAUUGUAAGUAUAGACAACAAAGUCUACUUGUUUGGAGGAGAAGAUGAGAAGUUGUAUGCAGCUAGUGUGGAGUGUUUUGAUGUGAAUGAUAAUGAAUGGGAGGAAGCUGGCUCUUAUAUGUCUGUGCAGGCUUCAUACUUUGGAACAUCACUGCUAAAAUUGCCAAAAGAGUUUAUUCUCAAUUGA